UCUUCGGAAUCUGCUCCAAUGUCCAAAGUGCCAUAUACAGAAAGAGCUGUCAUUUCUUUUCACUGCUGUUCUUUCAAAAGAGAACAUGGAGAAAAGUGAGAGGAAGGGGAGAGUGACGCUGAUCCUGGGUGCAGCUUCUCUGAUUGCUGGCUUUGGUUCAUCUUUUCAGUAUGGAUACAAUGUGGCUGUGAUCAACUCACCUGCCCCGGAGAUGCAGCAGUUCUACACCCAAAUAUAUGAAAAUCGUUAUGGUACAAUAUCAGAUAAUCUCCUGACCCUCCUGUGGUCCGUAACUGUGUCCAUGUACCCACUGGGUGGGUUUUUUGGAUCUCUAAUGGUAGCCCCAUUGGUGAACAAAUUCGGGAGAAAAGGUACACUCCUGUUCAACAACAUUUUCUCUAUUGUUCCUGCAAUAAUGAUGGGUGUGAGUGAAGUGGCAGGGUCAUUUGAGAUCAUCAUUAUUGCACGCUUUGUAGUGGGCAUCUGUGCAGGCCUGUCCUCCAAUGUGGUGCCCAUGUAUUUGGGAGAGAUUGCACCUAAGAAUUACAGGGGGGCCAUCGGAAUAAUCCCACAGCUUUUCAUCACCAUUGGCAUCCUUGUCGCCCAAGUGUUCGGCAUUCGCAGUAUCCUGGGAAAUAAAGAAGGUUGGCCCAUCAUGUUGGGUCUCACAGGGAUUCCAGCUGUCAUUGAGCUGCUGCUUCUGCCGUUCUUCCCUGAGAGCCCACGAUACAUGCUCAUACAGAAGGGGGAUGAAAAAAACGCCAGGAAAGGACUGCAGCAGCUGCGAGGCUGGGAAGAUGUGGAUGAGGAGCUGUGUGAGAUGCGUGUGGAGGAGCAGUCAGAGCGAGCAGAAGGUCAACUUUCUGUGCUCAACCUCUUCACCUUCCGCUCACUGCGCUGGCAGCUGCUGUCUGUAAUUGUCAUGAACAUGGGCCAACAACUGUCAGGAGUCAACGCCAUUUAUUAUUAUGCUGACAGCAUCUAUAGCUCAGCAGGAGUGGCUGAAAAUCACGUUCAGUAUGUGACGGUCGGAACAGGAGCAGUUAAUGUCUUCAUGACAAUAGCAGCUGUGUUCAUAGUAGAGAAAUCUGGCAGAAGGCUGCUGUUACUGAUCGGCUUUGGCAUCUGCUGUGGAGCCUGUGUUCUCCUGACCGUAGCGCUGUACUUCCAGACUAAACUGGACUGGAUGCCUUACGUCAGCAUCGUCUGUGUCAUUGUUUACGUCAUCGGACAUGCUAUUGGCCCAAGUCCUAUUCCGACUGUAGUCACUACAGAAAUGUUCCGGCAGUCUUCUAGACCACCAGCCUUCAUGGUGGCUGGCACGGUUCACUGGAUCUCAAACUUCACAGUCGGCCUGGUCUUCCCCUUUCUAGAGAAAGGUUUGGGUGCGUACAGCUUCAUCAUUUUUGCCUGCAUCUGUCUUUUCACGUUUAUCUACAUCUGGAUGGUCAUCCCAGAGACCAAAAACAAGACCUUUUUGGAGAUCAGCAAGCUUUUUGCUCAGAGAAACAAGGUGGAUAUUGUGGCAGAAGAUGGGGACUCUGAGAUCAAAGAGACUGGAGGGGAAAUCAUCAAAUCGGAAAUUAAAAGCACAUUUCUUUGAGUGGUUAAGGGGUUGCUCAUGUAGAAAAAUUUCUUGUGCUUUAAUGACAUGAGGUGAAAGAUUUUUAAAGUUUUUUAAGCUCAUAAAACCUGCAUUUAUUUGAUUCAAAGUACAGCAAAACAGUUUUCUAUUCGAAUAUAUUUUAAAAUGUAAUUUAUUCCUUUCAUUUCAAAGCUGAUUUUUUAGCAUCACUUCAGUCAUAUGAUGCUUCAGAAAUAAUUCUAAUAUUCUGAUUUGCUGCUCAAAAAACAUUUAUUAUUAUUAUGUUAAAAAAAAAAAGAAACUGACUAGAUUUUUUUCAGGUUUCUUCAAUAAAUAGAAAGUUUAGAAAAACAGCAUUUAGCCAUGGAAAAAGUAACAUAUUUUAUUAAAAACAAAAUGGAUGUAUAUGAAGAAAUAUGGAAGCCGUUUAAUUACUACAUUAACAACAAUAACAUUGGUCAUUUAUUACAAGAGGUGUAACUAUGUAUAAUGUUUUUUGUUUGUUUGUUUGUUUGUUUGUUUUUGUUUGUUUUUGUUGUCUCGUUUUGUUUUGCUGGAAAAUGUAACUUUUAUGUGUAAAGUACAGUAAUGUAUAUUUGGUUUUUGGGUACCUUGCAAUAUUCGUUUUGCAUUUAAAUUGUCUCUUGUAAGAGAAUUCUGCGUAUUUCUAUAGGGGAGAAGAGAGUGAUGUUCUCUUGUUGGGGUGGGAAAUAAUUGUGACAAAACGGAAAUGUGUUUCUCUGUUACCUGUCUUGCAUAAUCAAAAACAAUAAACACAUUGUUCAAAAAAAAAGAAAAACAGCAUUUAGAAAUCUUUUGUAACAUUAUAAAUGUCUUUAUCAUCACUUUUGAUCAAUUUAAAGCAUCCUUGCUAAAUAGAAGUAUUCUUUUCUCUAAUUUCUUUCCCAAAAAAACAUUAAUAAUAAUAAAAAAUGUUUCCUGAACAGCAAAUCAGCAUAGUAGAAUAGUAGUGACCAGAAGAGACUUCUACUGUUCAAAAACUUUUGAGUGGUAGUGUAUUCUGAUGAAACAACGUAUUGUUUACAAAUAUUCUUUGUAAUAAUUUUACAGUAUUGCCAUAUCUUUUAAAGAUGAAGUCCACUUCCAAGACAAA